GGGGAUGCGGGCGGCGGCGCGUCUCCUUUCCAGCAGCUGGGCCAGCGCAUGCAGGACAUUACUGGUGAUGGUGGGGUGCUAAAGGAGGUUGUCAACACGGGCUCCGGAGAGCUGGUCCCCCAUGAUGCAUCUGUCUUAGUUAAAUAUUCUGGGUAUCUGGAAUACAUGGAUAAGCCCUUUGACACAAACCGCUACAGGAGGUCUUCUAGACUGAUGAAACUUGGAAAAGAGAUUACAUUGUGGGGCAUGGAGAUUGGUCUGCUGACCAUGAAGAAAGGAGAGUUGGCAAGAUUCCUCUUCAUGCCACGUUAUGCGUAUGGGACUCUGGGCUGUCUUCCAUUGAUUCCUCCUAAUGCCACAGUCUUGUUUGAGAUAGAAUUGAUGGACUUCCUUGAUUCAGCUGAAUCUGACACAUUCUUUGCUCUGACGGCUGGCCAACAAGAUAUGUUCCCAUUACAAAAAGUGCUGAAAGUGGCAGAUACAGAGAGACAGUUUGGGAAUUACCUUUUCCGUCAGAAGCACUUCAUGGAUGCUAAAGAUAGAUAUAAAAGGGCAUCCUUGAUUCUGUGUCGCAGGCCAUACAAUGAGGGUGAGCAGAGCCAGAUUGAUGCUGCAAAGCUGCUGGUGUUCCUGAAUCUUUCAUUUACUUACCUAAAGCUGGAACAUCCUGCCCGAGCUCUGAUGUAUGGAGAAAAGGCCUUGGAGAUUGAUGAGAGAAAUGCCAAAGCACUAUUUAGAUGUGGCCAGGCUUGUCUUUCUAUGUCAGAGUAUGAAAAAGCUCGUGAUUUCUUGAUUAAAGCUCAAAAAGAGCAGCCCUUUAACCAUGAUAUUAACUGUGAACUGAAAAAACUGGCAAGCUGUUACAGAGAAUACAUGGAUAAAGAGAAAGAAAUGUGCUGCCAAAUGUUUGCUCACCUCCGCCUUCCUUCUGUGGAACCAAAAGUAAAGAGUCCUCUGCAGAUGAAGGAAAAUGUCCUGUGACUAGGAGAAGCUUGCCUCUCUGCUUCUGAGUACCUUGACAUUGCACUUACGUUGUGAAAGGAGAUCCGCUUCGUUUUUAGAGAGCACAGAAUUUAGGAGGCUGCGAAACUUGUCUCAGUUUUACAUGCAAAGUUUUGAAGUUGCAAAAUUCCACAGAUGUCUACACUCUUGUUCUAGAAAAAGGGAGAGGCUAUCCCUAUUGGAUUUUUUUCUCUCACUAAACAGAGCCCUGUCUCAUUCGCAAGGGCUGAUGCUCAUUUUGACUCAAACUUUUUCAAAGUUUGACCUCUUUUUCAAAUUUUGGGCUACUCAGAGGAAAUGCAUAAAUAAAUGUAGGAUGCCAUGACACUUGUAACGGUUACACAGCUUGUUCUUAGAAAAAAUAUGUUUAAAUUUGUUUUUGGUCUGAAAAAAUAAAUCAAUCUCUAGGAAAUCAUUUAAGCAGGUCUGGUGCCAACUUAUUGUGUGAAGUUGAUUAGAAUUUCUUAAUGUGAAGAACUGGAGUUAGAAAACAGGAUCCAGUUUGUCUUGCCAAUUUUCUGUCUGCGGAGCUAGUUCACUUGUUAGGCACUACAGCAUGUUACACUCUUCAUUUCGGCUGAAUGUUCCAGUGCAUAUUGACAUUUAAAUGUAAGUUGCUUAAAACCUCCCCUUCUCCCCAAAUAUUGUAUGCCUUUCCACUCAUUUAGAUGGGUUUCCCGUUGCAGAAAUUAUCUGCAUUUUUCCUGAAUGGUGUUUCACAAUUGUGGAGCAACUGAAUAAAUGUAAAUUUGAAUA